GUUUUUUAUGAAAUAAGUCACCUUCAUAGUCAUAUUUAUUACAUUGACAUUCCAAACACAAUUGCAUUCUAAAGUAGAUUAAGUUAUGGCAUAAAUGGAAAAAAUGGCAUUAAAAAAUGAUUUUUCUAAACAAUUAGCAGGCCUUAUUGAACUCAAAAUGUUAUAAAGUUCUUAUGUAGAGGAAGUGCUCAAAGAAAUAAAAGGCAUCAGAGACUAAUUAAUUGCUGAUUAAAGUGUGGAGGAUUAAGAAUAUGCAAAAGUAAAUAAAUGUAGUAAUAUUACCUCAGAAAAUUGGACAAUUGAAUGUGGAAAUUGAAAUCCUAGAAAUAUAAACAGAGAAGCUUGCAAAAGAACUGCAAAGACUCAAUCAAUAAAUAGGAGAAUUAAAUGAAGAUAUUAGCAAACUCAUUGGUACCUAAUAAUCAUAAGAAAAACAAUUAAGCACCUUAAACUCAAAGGAAGAAGAAAUUAGAAAUUAAUACAAAAGUGAGAUAGAAACUCUUAAAGUAAUCACAUUUGACUAUAUCUAGCAAAGAACUACAAAUAAUAUCAAAUCAAUUGAUGGAUUAAAUGAAAUGAUUGCCAAAUUACAAUAAGCAGUGUUUGCAGAGUAAAGUAAAACAACUGUGCUUUCCUAAUAACACACAAAACAGUAUGUUGAUGAUCUUAGAGACUAAUUAGGACCAAAUCAUCCCUUGACUGCUUUAGUGGCUGUAACUACAAAGUAAUAUUAGUUAUGAGUUAGAUUUGAUGUACCCACAGUCACCAGAAUUAUUCAGUUACUUGAAAAUAUCAGAGAUUAGAGAAUCUAGGAAAAUGCAGGAGCUGAUGAAUAUGAAACUAAAGUUACUUAAUCUUACGAAGUUACCCUCAAAGAAGUUACAGAAGUAAGAGAAAGAUUGAGCGCCGAUUAUUCAAGAACUUUAGUCACUUUGAAAAGAAGAAAUGAAGAAAAUGUAUUAUUCCUUUUCAGUUUAAGGCUCUCUCUACAAAGUCUAGAAACUAAAUUUAAAAGGACUUACCUAUUGCUUAGGAUUUACUUUAAUAAUAUAGAAACGAAAGAGAAAUCGUUUAAUCGAAUUAUAAUCUUAGAUCAGCCAAAAGAGAAAAUGAAGUUAAAAUCAUAACUCAAGCCUAUACUAUAGUAGCUUAAUAAGUUAGAGUAUGAAUAAUAUCAAAG